AAGUACAUUUUUGGGGAGGGGAAGAAAUGGUGCGCAUGUUUAGGUGAAAGGCGAAUGAACCUAUUGUGAGGUUUUCUUGGCAAGAUUUGUUCAGAGGAGGUUUGCCAUUGCCUUCCCCUGAGGCUGAGAGAAUGUGACUUGCUCAAGGUCACCCAGUGGGUUUCAUGGCUGAACUGGGAAUUGAACGUUCCAAAGUCACAGUCCAGUGCACAAACCACAACGUCAAACCCUCCACUGAAAUCAGUGAGUCUCAUUUAUGAGUAAAAGUGCAUAAUGUUGCACUGUUCAAUACUAGUAAUAUUAUCAGUAAUAAUAACCAGAAACUGGAGUGCAUGAAGAAUGCUGCUGCUGCAUAUGUUCAGUUUACAAGGGAAAAUCUGGACACCAUUAUGUAUAAUGUUUCUGUUUGUUAAAGAUACCGCUCUUUAAAAGGGUUACUAUCAGAUGUGGUAGACUAUCAUGCCAGUGGUAUUUGGUGUACAGUGUUAUUUCCCUGCCGUCGGUGGUGGCUAUGCUUUUUUAUACUUCCUAGUAAUUACAUCUGUGGUCAUGCAUGGUUAUGUAUAUUCUGCCAGUGCGAAUCAAGCAAACGCCAGUGGUCUACCACUAGUAUCAGCCUACAGCCAGGAAAAAAAAGCACCUCUGAGACCCGUUUCUAGCAGCUUGAACAAAUUUACAAGUGUUGGGACCAUACUGGGUUCGUUCUCUUGUUACAUGCACUAAAAGCCACUUUUAAGUAAAAUGGAUGGUGUGCUACAUGCGCUAAGCCAGACUUGGGAUCUUGCCAUGCCGUUGUUCAGAAACGAGAGGUAAUUUCUGAGCAAAGCAAAAGUUAAUGAGAUUGCCAGCUUGGAGAGUUUCCCCCCUGGUAAAGUGUUUUGGAAGUGUUUUAUAAGCCAUCCGUAAUAUCGCUGAGCAAACAGAAUGGGUCAUGAAACUGGAUGACUACAUUUCUAAUCCAUGUGGUCCUGAGCUCAUGUGAGACAGAAAAUAGGCACGGCGAGAAGGAACCUUAGCAAAUGCGUUUUGUUUUCAGUCAAAGCAUUCUUGGCUUGUUUGGUGACCGUUAACAUCAUGCGGGCAGGUCGAAUGAUGGAUAUAUGUAUGCCGAUGGAAGGCUGGACUUUGUACAAAGGCAACACAUCAAUCACUAGCACAUUGCUCACAUGCCUUGAAUGCCAGAAGUGGUGUUACCUGUUAAGUUUUUAAAACAGGCAUGGAAAAACAGUUGAAAUAGGGGCAGGGCAAACAGGUUAUAUUGUAGCUCAUGCUGGUGUUACUCAAAGAAAGGUUGUAGGGACGGGACUGGGGGGGUCCCCACCAACUGUGUCAGCUUCUCUUAAAAGUUGGGGAAUAUGUUUAGAUCAAGGAAGCUUACGAGGGGCUGAGUAACGUGAGGAUCAUUUUCACCUGUGUAUACCAGUGGAGUGUGGAAUAUCCAGUGUGAUUUUCCUACCAUACAUCCCAGACCGGAGGCAUAAUGGCGGAGAAGCGUCACCUGGAGUCUGUGGGCACCGUGAGUUACAGCAAGCUCCCUCGUCUGGAGGCAGAACCGAGCCAACUCCACACAGCAGAUUUAUGCAAGUCAGGCAUUCUGCCAGGCCAUGCCUCCGAAAACCAUUACAGCUACAAAGGAUCCUAUUUUUCUUAUCCUCUGCACUACCAUGAAAGGCCCAAAUCAUUGACUCACUGGACUCCUGCCGAGGCCUACCCCCAUUGCACAUCCAGUGUGGCAAAUCAGCAGCUGCAGACAGAGAAAACUCUUUGUAUGCUGUACAGACAUGAGGCAGAAAGCUUUGGGGCACAGGGGCAAACACUUGGGCACGGGAAGGGCAGUGAAUGCAUAUCCCGAGAUGCAUUUAGUGCUCAGGAGAGGUGGGCCAGCUACAUGGGCUAUCCAGGCUAUGGUCCACAAGGCUGGAUUCACAACUAUGUGGCACAGCAGUCUCCCCGAGCACCAACAAGUCUCCCUACCUUGGCAGUGCCCAAGCCCGUUUAUCGACACCACAUUUACAGCACUGAGUCUGGCUACAGCCCCAAAGAUUCUUUAGAUUUGGGAAUGCCAGUGGAAAGCACCCUGAAACUGCCACUGGGCACUGAAUGGACUCUGCCUCCAUUGGGACCCUUGAGCUGUACAGAAAACACUAGUUAUGGCACUGUUGUGCCCAAAAAAGCAGCGGUUGCUAAAACCAAUUUUCUGCCAUUACCUCCAGGGCACAAGGAUGUUGCCAGAAACCCAGCUGGCUUUUCACCUUAUCGCAAGUCCUCUGAAAAAUGCCAAGGGGGCCAGAACACUUCCUUUAGGGAUGGAAGCUAUCCCAGCACAUGCAGCAGUCAGAAAACCAUCUCUGAGACACAUGGCAGUAAUCUCAGCAAACAUGUGUGGCCUAAAAUACCUCCUCCUGUGAACCCACUAGAGCAUCCUCCACCCUUAAUAUAUCAAGAUAGGUCAUCUGCAUGCUACCCGCUAACCUCCUACCCACUAACUUCCCAUGAGCAGAUGCUGCUGUAUCAUCAGAGCUAUGCACAAGUGGAGAAACCAAAUUCUUUGCUUGCAUUGCCGGCCUGCAAAAGCUUUGGUUCCCUGGUUAGUGAGGAGCCCCCCAUUCUUCCUGGAUCUUAUUUUCCUUCAAUGCCAAGGAGUUACCAUCCUGGCUAUCCAGAGAGUUACCCUUACAAGCUAGAUGGUCCUCCUCCAAUGACUCCUCCUGGCCUUCAUACUUCAAGGGAUCAAGCGCACCAACAAUACUCAUUGGCUGCCAAAGUGGAUGCACCACAGAAACCCCCGACUGCUGCAUAUGCUCAGGCCAAAAAGUCAUCCUACUAUGGUUCUUUUCCCCCUAGAGACUGGCGCAAAGAUAGGCGAGUUAUGGAGCAAACAAGCAAGAGCUUUCCAAGUCAACAGCCAUCUCCACAAUCUGAGGCUUUCCAAUCACUUUCCUCAUUGGACCAGUUACCUGGCUAUUUUGGUGGCUCUGGGCAAAUGCAAGAGACCAGCUGUGGAGUGGGACUUUGCCCUUCAGAGAAGGCCAAAGCUAGGGAAAAAGAACCCCCUCACAUGCCCAAAUGGUCCUCUUUAACUGCUGAUGCCAAGAAGAGAAAUGUAGACAAUCACAAACCUGAAUCAGGCACUUGCAUAAUUAUUCCUGAUAGUCCAGUCACAGCCUGCAGCUCCUACUCCAAGGCAGAUCAGGCUCCAAAUGUUUCAGAAGACUCAAAUCCCUCUUUCCAGGAUGGACCACAGUCACCUGAAGGAAAAGCAAGAGGCAUUACUACAAUACCUGAGAUGCCCCCACCUCCACCUUCCCCUCCUAUGCCAGUGAUCAACAAUGUCUUUAGCUUGGCACCAUACCGAGAUUACCUAGAAGGUUCUUCAGAUUCAGUAGAGAUUCCACUUUCUAAAACUGGCCAGUUGGAGGAGAACUCUUCCAAGAACACAGGCAAAAGUAUGAACAGCCCUCAUUCUGCAAAGCCAGAUUGUCUCAAGUCAUCAGAAGUGCCUGGGGAGAAAGAUGUAGCUGGCAAUGCAAUGGCAGAAGUUAGCAAAAGGGAACCAAAUAGGACCUGCACAGGGGACAAGAGAGAGGAUGGAGAAUGUGUUGGGACCAGAGACAGCUUUCAAGUCAAGCUGUUGCCUCCAAAUGGGUCUGUAUCUAGUCAACCAUCCACAAAAACUUGUGCAAAUGGCUGGGCUGGGGAAACAGAGUCUGAUGACAAUGCACUAGACCUUAGCAGUAAAACUGAGUCCUUGGUGGACAGCCCAAGUUUUCGGAGGAAAAGUUCCAAGACCAAUGUAGGGGAGGUGAAAGAGAGACCAUCCAGUGGACAAGAGGUGUUACCAGAGACCAACAGGCAGGCUUCAGAGCUGUCCGUGCAAAGCAGCUCUGAAAGAAGGUGCAAUUUUCAGAGUUCGGCAGCAUUCCUGUUCAAAAAAUUCAAGAUCAGGAAAUCGCAAGCAAUGGAGGCGGGCUCUUCAGUGCAGCAAAGCCCUUCUCUGUCACUGUUACUAAGUUCCCAAAUGGCUGCUUUGUCUAGUGAUGUCUGUCUACAGCAACAUGCUGAGCAAGUGGCAACUCGGCAAAAGAGCCCAACACUUGCCCACCAAGAGGUGUCCCAAAGCAGCCCAACAGAUAGACAAAGCCCCUGUCAAAGGGUGACUCGGCAAAACAGCUCACCUGACCAACUAGUCAUGACCCAGCAGAUCAGCCCACCCAUUCAGCACGGUCAACAGGCAGUGACUCAGCCUGAAACACAACUUUUGCAGUUGAGAGUCUUCAACAUUACCCUGCCAGAUGCUCCUAAAGCUUUGUCUCCUAGCACACCACCUGUCUCCCCUGUGCUUGAGAAAGCCAAGAUUUUGCCUCCUGCAAGUGAUGAAUCUCCUGGAGAGCAGAGUUCACCACAGAAGUAUUUCACUGACCUGCAUACCUCCAUCUGCACCAUCAUCUCCUGUUCGGUGUCUGCUUCUUCUCCAGAGCAACUCAAGGAGUGGCUGGAGAAGGCUGAGUCUGACCAAGAACUCAAGGAGAAGGCAGCUAGUUUGGCCAAAUCCAAGAAUGGUGUGAAAGUCCCCAACGUUCCCAAACCAUCUAAGGGCAAGCAGGUCUGGCUGGCCUUCAAGGACAUGGUGGCCCUGUUUCGGAAGCUUCUCUCUCAACUGGACAACUUCUUGUUCACCCACAAGUGCCCCUUCCCUCACGUGGUCCGAGCAGGCACCAUCUUCAUCCCCAUCCAUGUGGUGAAGAAGAAGCUCUUCCCCAACCUCUCAGGCACCUCUGUGGACCACGUGCUGCAGAACCACAAGGUGGAGCUGCGUCCCACCACCCUUUCCGAAGAGAAGCUGCUGAGGGAGUUGGAGCUGAAGAGCUGCACCUCCCGCAUGUUGAAGCUCUUGGCCUUGAAGCAACUGCCGGACAUUUACCCAGACCUCCUGACCCUUCAUUGGCAUGACUGUGUCAAGCAACAACUUGGUCCAAGUUCGCAGGCUGACCUGCAUGCUUCCAAGUAG